AUGGAUGUCUAUAUUGAUCAUUAUUUAGUUCUAGGAUUACCAUCUGGUGAAAAAGGAACCAAGAUUUCAGAUAAAGACAUAACAAAAGCAUAUAAAAUAAAGGCUUUGGAAUUACAUCCAGACAAGAAACCUAAUGACCCUAAUGCCGUCAUUAAUUUUCAAAAUCUACAAGCGUCUUACGAAAUCCUAAAAGACGAAAGCUCUAGAAAGAAGUUCGAUGCUGAUCUUAUUCGACGUGUUAAGUUACAACAAUACACGUCGAAUAAGUUUGAUAAGAAAGAAGAGAGAAAGCCACAACAAGAACGUAAAAAGUCGGAUAGUUAUGAUGUGCGUACGAGGUGGAAUGACUUUAAUGAGAAAGAGGGAGAUGUAUCUGAAAAACCAACGAGAAAACGAGCUUAUGAUGCUGAAUAUGAAGAAUGGGCAAGGAAACGGGCUGCAUAUGAAGAAAGAAGAAGGAAAGAGAAGGCUGCUCUGAAAGCUUUUCAUAGUAUUAUUAAAUUCAAAGCCAAAAAAGAAGUUUAUAGAAGUGUGGAUAAGGAAAAUGUGCUCGAGGUAUUUUGGGCGAAAGGGGGUUUGGAUUAUUACAGUGAAAAAAGAUUGAGGGGGACAUUUACAAAGUUUGGUGAGGUAAAAGAUGUUUUUAUGAGUUCUGUUUUCCAAGGAUCGGCUAUUAUCGUGAUGGCUACGAAAUAUGGUGUUGCUGCUGCUGUCAAGGCAGGAAAGGCAUGCGGAGAUCCCUCAAAUCCUUUGAUAGUCAGGCCUCUUGGACAACCAGUUUAAGUAUGUGAGGUUUGAUAUAUGGUCUAAAGUGACUGAGCCCGUUGCUAGAUUAGGCAUGUAUGCACUUUAAUUUCUUUAUUUUUGUGGUUAAGGAUUAGUAUGCUUAAUUUCAUUGUUGCUUUUGUAAUCUCAAUGGCAUUAUAUCUUGAUAA